AUGAAAGUUCUUUAUGUCGACUUUGACCAGGGCAUCAGCGGCAAAUCCUUGCUGAAAGCCUACGAGCUUGGCAGAAGUCCAGCCUUUCCCACCAUCGAACAACAUUCCAUAGCAGAAUAUGCUACCGAGGACUCCUUGAAGCGUGCAGUAUGCAAAGAAGGGUACUGGGGAGCUAUAUAUGCUAAAACCAAUGCUUCUUUGCGUCUGUCAACGGCCAUCGCCUCCCGAGCUGCAGUAGAAAACUACAAUAAUGCCGACGCCUUGGGAUACGUCUGGAACGGCGCUAAAUAUGCUGCCUAUGCGCAGACAGUCCACGCAAGCCUUACCGAACUGGUCCAGGUAACCGGCAAUGUCUACAGUCAAGCGAACGAAACAUCCAUUUUUGCCACAGUCAACGUCUCCAACCCUUCAAUUGCGUCAACCCUUCUACAACCUAUAGCCAGCACGGAAACCGACCUCCUCACCACCGACCAGGGAACUCGCUUCUACUACAAUACCGUAUCGAUGGUCAUGCCGAUCAAUCAACAAUUCUUCUUCUCCAUGGCUUUCAAUGGAAUUUCAAUGAAUUUCAAUCUUUUCGCUGUCUCACUCACUCAGCUGGUUAGCUGUCGCGCCCUUGUCGCUUUCGUGUGCACGUUCAUCAGUGCUCUCGCAAUGUCCGGAUAUAUAAGGGUCUUUCGCGAAGGGUGGGACGUCCAUUCCUCGCAGUUUGGAUUGACUUGGAUGACUAUCUGGCUUGCAAUGCAAGUUCAUUACUUGCUCCUUGAGUUUGUCACCACAUUUGUGCCGAUUCCCUUCGCUAUCUUGACUUGGGUUAUCCUGAAUAUCUUGAGCACGCUUAGCCCCUUUGAGCUAUCGCCGGGUUUCUAUCGCUGGGGAUAUGCUCUGCCUAGUAGGGAGCUCUAUGAUACGCUCCUUCAGGUCUGGACGCGAGGAUGUAACCCUUACUUGGGAAGAAGCUUGCCUAUACUCUGGUCUUGGUGGAUUGUGGGUGUUGUGGGUUUUGCGGUUGCUCUGAGGUAUCGUCAUCAGACAGCGAUGAAGGCCGAAGUUCAGCUUAUAGAGGAUGAAAAGUCCGAGGGGCCCAGGGCGUGA